UCAAGCUUUUACGUGAGGAUUUCAAGGUAAGCCAAGGAUUGUACCUGGAUUCAUUUAUAUGGUUAAUUAGGAACUUGUUUAUUUGUCGAUAAUCCAGGAUCCGGGGAAAGGAUUUAUAGCAGCAGGCUGGGAAGGUCGGAGAGAGGAAAGUAUAAACGGUUAGUCCUACGUCUCCAGCGGUCUAUUGACCGACCAGCUGCAGUACAAGGUGAGCGAUAAUAUCCCCGCAUCAUUUGGUCGGAGGAAACGAUGAAUGAACGAAUGGAAUGAAUGGAAGAGGUGGAUUGUCUUGGAUUAGCUUUCACUGCAUGCUAGUGUCUAUGGAGAAAUCGCUGGUCUUAUGGAUGGGAGAUGUAGUUAGAUGCAUGCGGGGCAGUCGUAUAGCUGGGGUAUCAAUGCGAUAUAAGAGUUGUAAUUUCCCCUCGGAUUUCAGGAUGAGUUGUUAAACAAUUGCUUUGUUUGCUUUAUUCUGAAACUUUUGUGAUUGUUGAUUGUUUUUGGAUUGACGUCCGAUUCUAGAACGGCGACGCGACGCUUCGAGAAAGAAUCCUGUGCACAGCAGACGUCAAGUCAAUUGAGAAGAUCGUCAAGCGGAAGCUUCUUUGACCAUUCACUCCUGAGAUAGCUGAACGAUCGGAUGAUCAUUAUACCCCAGAAACCCCGACUUUUAAAUUCACUGUGGAGACGGUGAUCUACGGCUUAAUCGACAUCCAUAGUCUUAUAUUUCCUAAACCUCUCCCCCCGAAAACAACAUCGUCUUUUACAUCGCCAAAGUUACUCCUUCAUCGCCGCGUCACCGCUUCUAAACUUUAACUUCUAAUUGAACAGUUGUUUCCCAGUAAAACAACUCUACAAUAUGAUGUCAAUCAACAUGAUAUCAACAGUGCUCUUCGGCGCGCUAGCAGGCCUGACUGCAGCUCAAUCUCCCGGUGAAUCUUACACUGGAGUAGCUGGAAACAGCACCAUCGCAGGUUCCUCCCUCGGUCCCGACGCCAAUGGCAAAUACGAGCUCUCUGCUCCGGGUAUCCGUGCAAACUUCAUCGCCUAUGGUGCAUCCAUCUCCAAUCUCUUCAUCAACGAUACCUCUGGUAUCGAACGUGAUAUCGUUGGAGGUUUCGACAACGCGAGCUAUUAUGGGGUAGAUAGACAACAUCCACAUUUUGGUGGUGUACCGGGAAGAUACGCAAAUCGCAUCAAGAAUUCGAGUUUUGUUAUUGAUGGAGAGACGUAUAACGUGUUGCCGAAUGAAAAUCCGACAGCGGAUAACCCGGCGGGAGUUGAUACGUUGCAUGGUGGUCCAGAUGGUUGGGAUUGGAGAAACUGGACUGUGGUUGCUCACACCACGAGUUCGAUUACUUUCAGUUUGACUGAUCCGGAUGGAGAACAAGGAUUUCCAGGAGAGGUUGUUAGUUAUGUGACUUACACUUUGACUAACAUGACCUGGUCUUUCAAGAUGAUUGCUAUUGCUACCACGAAGAAAACUCCUAUCAUGUUGAGUUCGCACACAUACUGGAACCUUGAUGGCUUCGCCAACAAUGAGACAGCUACUGCUCUCAACCACUCUCUUUAUCUACCAUAUGGUGGACAACGAAUUGGUACAGACAGUAUCCUCAUCCCAACUGGAGACAUCAUCGCGAACCAACCCCAAUCACUCAACGACUUCUGGAGCACCCCAAAACAAAUCGGAGCCAACUUUUCCAGCCCCGAUUUACUAGGAAACUGCGGUGCCAACUGCACCGGCUAUGACACAGCCUAUAUUACCAACCGUGAUCCAUCCACUCGCGCGGCAUGGCACACAUCUCCCGUCGCACGUCUCCGUUCCGCUUGGUCCGGUAUCCAAGUCGACGUCUACAGCGACCAAGACGCUUUCCAGGUAUAUUCCUGCGGAGGACAAAACGGAUCCAUGGCUCUCAAGGAAACUCAAGGACUCUUCAACGUCUCAGAUCGCCCACGUACAAUCCAACAAUACGGAUGUGUAGUCAUGGAAGUCGAAGACUGGAUUGAUGGAAUCAAUCAGCCCGAAUGGGGUAGAAAACAAAUCUGGGGUCCGGAAGAUGGCCCAUAUGUUUUGGAGGCGAAGUACAAGUUUAGUUUGAACAGCACAGAUGUGGGAUUGUUGGGGGAGGGAUCGGGUUAAUAAAUCAGGUGAUAAUUUGUUUACGCGGGGUUGGUAUGCGCUGGUAAAUCUGAUGAUUGGGUUUCGGUGGGGGGUUAUAGUAAUUUAAAGUCUACCUAGUAGUUAAUAAACAAACCCAACUUCAGAAGAAAGAUUGAAGAUUAUCAGAAUAGUAAUAAGUGAAGCAAAUGUUCCU